GGUACGGCGACCCCGCGCGAUGAAGUGCGCGUUUGUUACUGUAGGGACCACCAGCUUCGACGACCUCAUAGCGUGCGUGUCGGCGCACGAGAGUCUGCAAAUAAUCCAGAGCCUUGGUUACAGCCGACUUAUCCUCCAAAUUGGUAGAGGAACGGUGGUACCUGAGCCAUUCAGUACUGAGUCAUUUACUCUGGAUGUUUACAGGUACAAGGAUUCCUUGAAAGAAGACCUUCAGUUAGCAGAUCUUGUUAUUAGUCACGCAGGUGCAGGAAGCUGUUUGGAGACUCUGGAAAAGGGCAAGCCACUUGUGGUAGUUAUAAAUGAAAAAUUGAUGGAUAAUCAUCAGUUGGAAUUGGCAAAGCAGCUACACAAAGAGGGACAUCUAUUCUACUGUACCUGCAGGGUACUGCCUUGUCCUGGGCUAUCCAGCCCCUUGUCUCCUGCUCCUGGGAAGUGCCAAGAUACCACUCCGCUGACUCCAACUGCCAUCUCGUGCCUAGACGUUGAGCUGUUUUCUGGAUACCUGCAUACACAAGCCCUUGUCACCAUUACCUACCCUUCCUGUGCCCUGCUUGUUCCUUCUUUCCACACUGUGUGCAAGAUGAAUAAAGGGUGGAAAAAGUACUGCGGCCAGAAGUCUUUGAAUGAGGCAUCAAUGGAUGAAUAUUUAGGCAGUUUAGGUCUGUUUCGGAAGCUGACUGCCAAGGAUGCCUCUUGCCUCUUUCGGGCUAUUUCUGAGCAGUUGUUUUGCAGCCAGGUCCAUCAUUUACAAGUCAGGAAGGCUUGCGUCUCAUAUAUGAAGGAAAAUCAGCAAACAUUUGAGUCUUAUGUGGAGGGAUCUUUUGAGAAAUACCUGGAACGGUUGGGAGAUCCCAAGGAAAGUGCUGGCCAACUGGAAAUCAGAGCUCUUUCUCUAAUAUAUAAUCGGGAUUUCAUUCUUUAUCACCAUCCUGGAAAGCCACCAACUUAUGUCACAAAUAAUGGCUAUGAGGACAAGAUACUACUCUGCUAUUCAAGUAAUGGCCAUUAUGAUUCUGUGUACCCAAAGCAAUUUCAAUCAAGUGCAGCCAUUUGUCAGGCUGUAUUGUAUGAAAUUCUCUAUAAAGACGUAUUUGUUGUGGAUGAGGAAGCAUUGCACACUGCAGUUGAGCUGUUUCGAAGUGGGUCCAGAAAGAACAAAAACAAUGCUGUGACCGGAAGUGAGGAUUCCCAUAUUGAUUACAAGAGUUCAACUCAGGAUAGGGCUGAAGAGUGUGGUGCCUACUGCAGUGUUGAAGAUAUACCAGAAGGCUGUAGUCAAGGAACUGAGGAAUCAAAGUCUCCAGAAAAUCUGUCAAAGAUGCUCUUCCCAUAUAAGGUGCUCAAAGCCCUGGAUCCAGAAAUCUAUCGUAACGUAGAAUUUGAUGUUUGGUUGGACAGCAGAAAAGAACUUCAAAAAUCGGAUUACAUGGAAUAUGCUGGGAGACAGUACUAUUUGGGCGACAAGUGUCAGGUUCGCUUGGAAUUAGGUGGAAAAUACUAUAAUGCUCACAUUCAAGAAGUUGGAAAUGAGAACAAUUCAGUAACAGUUUUCAUUGAAGAAUUGGCAGAAAAGCAUGUUGUUCCACUGGCUAACUUAAAACCAGUUACCCAAGUGACACCUGUUCCUUCCUGGAAUACCGUAACAAAUCGGAAAGGAAGAGGCUACCAGAAAAUACCUGGAGGCUAUGUUCCAGACAUGGAGAUGAGCAUGAAGCAACGGAAGAAAAUGUUCAAAAAAGUUCGAGGGAAAGAAGUUUAUAUGACUAUGGCUUACAGCAAGGGAGAAACCUUCCUCCCACCCAGGCUUCAGCAUACUAUGCGCUAUGGGCAUGAUCCUCCAGUACAGUACUCACAGACAGCUGGCAAUGUUAUGUCCAAUGAACAUUUUCACCCUCAACAUUCAUCUCAGAGACAAGGCCGCGGGUAUGGGAUGCCAAGGGAUUCAUCUCGCUUUAUAAACAGGCACAACAUACUGGGCCCUAAAGUUGGUUUUUACCCUGGCCCAAGUAAAAGGUGCUGCCAGAGCUAUGAUAACAUCUCCUAUAGAUCUCGUUCCUUUAGACGUAGUCAACGCCAGAUGCAUUGCAUGAAUAAUGAAUGCCAGUAUGGCUUUGCCCCAGAAAAUGGACAGAUGCCCAGUGGCCUGGAAGAAACUAUUACUUUUUAUGAAGUUGAAGAAGGUGAUGAAACUGCUUAUCCAACUUUAUCUAACCAUGGAGGUCCCUCUACAACGGUUCCUGCUACUUCGGGAUACUGCAUUGCAAGACGGGGACAUAGCUCAGGCAAACAGACUUUGAAUUCAGAGGAGGGCAAUGGCCAGAGAGACAGUGGAGGAUAUCAUGAAGAAUAUCUUUAUCCUUCAGAACCAGACUAUGACACUUCAGGGGUAUAUAGCACAACUGCAUCUACGGCAAACUUGUCUCUUCAGGACCGAAGACCAUGUUCUAUGUCUCCUCAGGACACAGUUACCUCAUACAACUAUCCCCACAAGGUGAUGGGAAAUUCUACAACAAUUGCAGUUUCCAGUGCCAGUCAUGUUCCAGCUCCAGUCUUAUCUAACUGUUCAGCAGCUAAUCAAGCUAGUAGUACCUCAUCAGUUUCCUCACAGAAUUCUGUACAGCCUCUAUUUGUAUCUCCACCUAUGCAAAGCAAGCCAGUGAUGGCUUCACCAUCCUAUCCAUACCACUCUGCUCCUAUUCCUGCUGCUGUAGCAUCUCUGCCGCCACCACCACCACCACCUCCUCUUCCUCCUCCACCACAUCAUGAGGUAGGAGAGGCUUCAAACCUACCACCACCACCUCCACCUUAUUCCUGUGACCCAAGUGGCAGCGAUUUGCCUCAAGAUACAAAAGUUUUGCAGUACUAUUUCAAUCUGGGAUUGCAGUGCUAUCACCACAACUACUGGCACUCUAUGGUCUAUGUGCCACAUAUGCAGCAGCAGCAGCAGCAGCAGCAGCAGCAACUUCAUGUAGAGAAUUAUCCAGUCUAUACUGAGUCACCUCUGGUAGACCAAACUGUUCCUCACUUGUACAGUGACGGAGGGAGAGCAGAUGGCACACAGGCAGAAGCACCAACAAAUGAUACUUUUCCAAAUGCUGACCCUGCAUCUGUCCCUCAUGGAGCAGUUUAUUUUCCAAUAAUGUCAGAUCUCUAUGGGCAGCCACCUUUUCCAGGUUUUGAUUCUUGCCUUCCUGUCAUGCCAGAUUAUCCUUAUGUUGCCACCUGGCAUCCAGUUGGUGGAACAUAUGGUGGUUCUUCUCAAAUUCAUGGUGCUACAAAUCCUGGCCCACUUGGCUAUAUGGGUUCACCUCACUCAGCUUCUCAUUACUUACCUCAGAAUAUGUAAGAUUCAGCAUUAUGAUGUAUUCUUACACUGCCAUUUUAUUACUAUUUUGGUUUUUUAAAAGUGUUUUAUGUUACUGUUUAAGUGGUUUAGAUGGUCAGAAUGGUUACUGUUGCAUCUGUCUUUAAGUUUAUUUUUGAUUUAAAAUAUUCCUUUAAAAUAAAGGAAUAUUACUUUGAAUUGUGAAUAAGGAAAUUGAGAUGGAUGUACAACUAGCCACAUAGUGUAUUCAGCUAUUUUCCUGUCAGCUUGUCAACAUUGUAUUGGGUGAUGAUGCCAAUUGACAAAAGAAAUAAAUCAUAUGAACUGUUUCCUUGGUUCAGAAAUCAUACUUUAUAUUAAACUGCUCAAAAUUGAAAUAAUAUCCACUUUUCUAGAAAGUAAAACAAAACCGUGAGCCUUUGCUUCUAGGUACUCACUUAAUAUUAAAUGAGAGUUCUUCAGGUUUCUUAAGAAUUGUCUGAACUGAGUUGUGUUCUGUGAUAUUAAUCAGUUUUGAAGGCACAUGGUGCUCUACUUUAGAUUUACCUCAUAUGCUGUUGUUUAA